UUGCUCAUUUAAUAAAUGGACAAAACAACAAAUGUCAUUUCCCUGAGCCUGACAGUAGUUUAAAUUUAAAUUUUGUGACGUUCACCACACCUAUUUCGAGUAAAUUCAAAAUGCAUGCAGAUAGAGAUAAUUCUGACCGAAUGCAACGAAGCGCAUAUCCUUCCGGCAAUCGCGGUGCUGGUACCAAUCGGCGAUUUGGUGGAGGUGCAAGACGUCAUAAUCAAAGCGCACCUGAGGCAUUCUAUACUAGUGGUUCUGGAACGUACAUGCCCCAGUCCAGAGAUUUUCGCGACUUCACUUUCGCGAUACCACAAUCGACACCAGUUCAGACCUUUAACGUCCCGAACCGGCAAGUUUUUGAUGGACAGUUUCACUACAACUUUGGCAGGACACCAACCGACGACCCUGCCCUUUUAAUGGCGGCACACGCACAGCAAAAGAAUCAACCGGUCAAGUACUUUCCUCGCGAACUGCCCGAGUCAACGCCGGUAAGUGAUCCUGGUAAAUACGACGACUCGAGAUACUUAGUGAGCCAAAACUAUCUGCGUGAAGAGGAAAACGCGGCUGCUUCCCCUCGAAAUCGCUCCCAGAAACGAGAAUCUCUAAUGGAGUGGUUCGAUCGAACCGUUGAAGGCGAGCUGCAAAAACGUCGAGAGGCAUCGCAAAACGUUGGUGAGAACAUGCUUAAGCUCGAUUCGCCGUCCUUUAACCCUCUAAACAAGGGAUACAGAUCAAAAUUCUCUAGCACUCCUCUUUUGACGCACGCAAGCACGAGCGGCAUCGAGGUGCAGGCGGGACUUCGAGUUCAGAAGGAUACGGAGUUACUGGAUGCGGUUGAUAAGCUAGCGGUGGCUGAAGCAGUGUGUGCUUUUGAGGGGGCGGUGAGAGCGGCGGAGGAGGCGGCUGCCUCCGUAGCUCCCGAAUUCGCGGAGGAAGCCGCGGCCGCGGGCGCGCAGGGUUUUCAAGCAGAGCUUACCAACGUUGUUAGGCAGGAGUUUGACGGCGUGAAGCCGAUUGAAGUGGUUGGAUAUGUGGGUAUUACCAGGCCCAAUAAACCAAAAAAAUCUAAGUAAUUUAUAACAAAAUUUAUCACUUUUAAUUUUUUCCAUCAGUUUAAAAUUCAAAGGUAACCGCUAUUGAUAAUUCUGAAAUAAAAACUGCUGUAAU